UUCGACAACGUCAAGUGUCAUUUUUCAAAGAACAAAACCAUAAAAACCUACGAAUGAAAAGUGUUUCUGGGAAAGAAAUUGUAGUCUUUUCAUGUGAUUUUGUGAAUUUGUGUUAGUGCAAAAUUUAUUGUUGACUGUGAUUGUUUAAGUUUUAUAUUUUCGGUGCAAAGUUCCCAAAAAAACGUACCGCUUGGUAGUAAUAUGAGUAAUGUUACCAACCAAAAUGGAACAGGUCUAGAGCAGCAGCUUGCUGGUCUGGACUUGCAGCCUCAGGCUACUAAAAGUGCUGGUCGUUACAUUCCUCCACACUUACGUAGGCAGUUGGAGGCUAAAUCAACAGAAGGAGAGGGGUCUAAGCGCGAAAGCUUAGACAGCAGUGAGGGCCGCGACAGCCAUUCAUCAUUCGGUGGUAACUCUAGAACGUUCGACCGUGGUGGUCGGCGCGACGACCGCGACCGUGACUUCGACCGCGGCUACGAUCAGCGGUUCCCGCGCAGAGACCGCGGUAGCGACUCCAGUCGUCAGAAUGGCGACACAGACCGCUGGGAGUCCGAUCGGUGGGGCGACCGCGGUAGAGGCGGCACUGCGCGGGAAUCUCGCGAGUCGAGGGACAUCCGCCGCGACGAUGACUAUCAGGAGCCACCAGCACCACGCAACGACCGCUGGAAGGAGCCGGAGCCGAGGGCAGAGGAACGAUCCAAUUCUCGCUGGCCUUCCGACGACGUGCGCCGUACCUCGUCACGUAGGGAUGAAAAUGACUGGACAGUCCCGUUACCUCGCGACGAGCGGCAGGAGUUGGAGCUGUUUGGCACUGGCAACACAGGCAUCAACUUUUCCAAAUACGAGGAUAUACCGGUUGAGGCCAGCGGAGAGAACGUCCCGGACUUCAUUACAAGUUUUGAGGAUGUUAACCUGACAGAAAUAAUGCGUACGAACAUAAGCUCCGCGCGCUACGACAAGCCCACUCCGGUGCAGAAAUACGCGAUCCCCAUCGUGCUCGGACGCCGGGACGUGAUGGCGUGCGCGCAGACCGGCUCCGGGAAGACGGCCGCUUUCCUCGUGCCCAUCCUCAACCAGAUGUACGAGGCCGGACCCGUCAAGAUGGGCUCGUACAACCGCCGCAAGCAGUACCCCCUGGCUCUGGUGCUGGCGCCCACACGCGAACUGGCCACGCAGAUCUAUGACGAGGCCAGGAAGUUUGCGUAUCGCUCCCGUGUUAGACCCUGUGUAGUAUACGGCGGUUCCCCGAUCCUCGAUCAGCUACGCGAGUUGGAGCGCGGAUGUCACCUCCUGGUGGCGACGCCGGGCCGUCUCGGUGACAUGCUCUCCCGUGGUCGUGUGGCUCUCGACCAUUGCAGACAUUUAGUCCUCGACGAGGCCGACCGCAUGUUGGACAUGGGCUUCGAGCCGCAGAUACGCAAGAUUGUGGACUGCCACUCCAUGCCGAAGACUGGCGAACGACAGACGCUCAUGUUCUCGGCCACCUUCCCCAAGCAGAUACAAGUGCUGGCGCAGGACUUUCUUUACAAUUACGUGUUCCUCGCUGUCGGACGCGUGGGUUCAACAUCUGAGAAUAUUACUCAGAAGGUCGUGUGGGUUGAAGAACAAGAUAAGCGGUCCUUUUUACUAGAUUUACUGAAUGCUUCCAACUUGCUGCAACGAGCACCCUCCGAGGAUGACCAGCUCACAUUAGUCUUUGUUGAGACUAAGAAAGGUGCGGACCAGCUGGAAGAUUUCCUGGCUGGUGACGGGUACCCAGUGACAUCGAUCCACGGCGACCGCACGCAGCGCGAGCGAGAAGACGCACUACGUCGCUUCCGCACCGGAAAAACGCCCAUACUCGUCGCAACAGCUGUCGCGGCUAGAGGUCUGGACAUACCGCACGUGCGCCACGUGAUCAACUUCGACCUGCCGUCGGACGUGGAGGAGUACGUGCACCGCAUCGGACGUACCGGCCGCAUGGGGAACCUGGGCGUCGCCACCUCCUUCUUCAACGACUCCAACCGCGGGCUGGCGCGCGACCUGGUAGAACUGCUCGUCGAGGCUAAGCAGGAUGUGCCCAACUGGUUGACGAGCACGGCGGCGGACGGACGCUCAGGCGGCGGCGGGCGGCGUACCGGUGGCAGUCGAUCCGGUGGAAACCGGUUCGGCAGUAGCGGAAGCGGCUUCGGUGCGCGGGACUUCCGUACACAGUCACGACAACCGCGCUCGGCCGGACCCUCCGCUAUGGGCAAUGGUUUCGGAUACGGCGGCGGCGGUGGCGGCGGCUCGUACGGCGGCUCUUAUGGGGGCUCCUACGGCGGGAACUCCGGGGGACCCGACUGGUGGGACUCGUAAAUAUACAGAAACCACAGAUACAACCUGGCUAACACUGAAUGAAAACACACAUGCUUCAUACUACUCACACUUAGGUAUAUAUCUUAAUAUAACAGAAACUUACGGAUUUUUCCCACUACACCUGAUAUUAUAAUGGUCCUUCGAGCCGGUCUGGUAUAAAUUUCAGUACGAAAUGCUCAUGUUCUAUAAGUCAGAACCGCGUUUCUCUCCUUGUCUGGUAUGCUAAAUUCACAUUAAUGAUAUAACUAAUACUAUCGAUUAUUGGAUAUACGCGGUUCUUUGGGCUAGUCUGUUUUGUUUGGUGUGUAAUGAGGUUUGUCACUAAACAGCCUUAGCCAGGUUGCUAUCAACAUUAAACUCCUUUUAAAUUCUCUGUUUAUACAUGAGCUAAAUAUUCUUUAGAGAGAAUCUCUCUCUAAAUGAUAAUCUUUGUGAUUUGUGACGUCUUUGCUUUAUUGUAACUGAUUUACCUUAAAACAAAUGCCUACUUAAAAAUAUGCGAAAAAAAUUUAGUAACUGGUUUCAAAAAAAAUUGUUAAUGCAGGAAAAUCAUUAUGCCCAGUUUUCACAAUCAUGACGCGAUCACACUUAUAAUAUAGGAUGCCAUAAAAAUUUAAGGAAAACUGGCAAAAUAUUAGUAAAAUCAAAGCCAGCUCAUGUAUAAAUUAAUCCCCAACACAUACAUGGAUGACUUACUUCCUUACAUAUUGUGUUAAUAAUUGAGCUCUCCUUUCAUAUUUUAUAAUAUUGUUAUUACCUUUAGAAUAUUUUUCCCGCUAUGUAUUCCUAUUAUCAUGGCAGUCCUUGUGAUGGUUUUAAGCAAUAGUAGCAUUAAUAUAAUUUUAUUUAUUAUAAAGCGUGGUUUUGUGAAGCAACGUCGAAUUUAGAUCACUGACGUAUUACUGUCUGUCACAGAGCGAACAGACGUGCUGGGUUAUUGACCGAAAUUUCCUGUGCUUCGCCACCACACUUAGACACAACUGCUAAUAACAAACUGAAAAUGCUAUUGAUAAUAAGUGAUAAUGGCAUUUAGAUGCAGGUGGAAUCCUUUAUGCAGUUGCGUCUCUCAUUGUGAUCAAUUUUAUUUCAUAAUAUAAAAUAAUUUGUUAUAUACCUAAUGCUAGAAGUAUCUUUACAAAGUAUUGAUUUUGGCUAUUUCAUUAAAGAAGUUGUCUGUGUAUGUACAUUACAUUUAAAUUUGUGAUAGUCACAAUCUUAAAGUUUAUUUAGGCGGGUGUUAUAAUUGUCGCAACGUGACGAACUUAUAUCCAGAUUCGUCACAACUCUAUAUACUAAUUAUUAAUGUAUAGAUUUAAAGUGUCGUUAGAUGUGCGAUAAUAGUAAAUGCACGCGAAACGCUGUAUCAAAUCCUCAGUGAGUCGGAGACUUCCCCGUGGCUAUUAUAGUUAAUUAAUGUCUAAUAAUAAUGCGUGAAGGGUUCACAUUUAGAAAAAAUCAAAAAGUUGGCCGAAUAUUUCGGAUAGCUGAAAGAAAUGAUAGAAUUUGGAAAUCAUGUGAGCCUUUUUUUAAAACAUAUGAGUAUUUUAUCCUCAAUGACAAAGCUAGGAAAGUAAAGACUUCAACGGCAACACUCGUAUAAACCUGCUGGUGUUGCCACGCAGCUUGGACGGCAAAUCUAUCUGUUAAAGCUGUGAAAUCACGCAAAUAUUUUUCUGAUCUAAUAUUGUCUUUUGAGUUCAGAUACCCAUAUGUUACGUGUGUAUGCGUCGCGAUCGUUGAAUCUCAGACACGUUGCGGAGCGAUCGUGGUUGGUUAAUUGUAGUUAGGACGUUUCACGUUAUACCUGUGCAAAAAAAAACCAAUUCCCAAUUAUGGGGAAAGUCAAUAGAUUUGCUACUGUUUAUACACAAUCUGCUGCCAGACCUUGUAGAUAUUCCCAACAGAGAAAUCGUCUAUGGUCGCUAGGGGGUAGCCAAAAUAAUGUUUAACAGGAAUGACAAUUAGCGACAAUCAUCUAAGUGAGUUUUUAACCUGUCAAUGUCAUGUCUCUUCCAACUUUUCGCAGUUAGCAUUUAUAAUGCUCUCAAAAAGUAUUUUAUCUAGGUAGCCCCCUUUUUUGGCUAAGUAGACAAUGUCCUUUUUGAUUGCGUGUACCUGUAAGAGGCGGUGUCAUAGUAUGGACUGUUGUAUGUCUGUGUGCCCAAAUUAUGAUCGCAUUGACGUCGAUCAUGCUUAAAAUCGUGUAGGUGAUCGCGGUUCGCUUACAUUUUUAUAAUUUCUCAAUAAAACUAUAUGCAAGUAGUGGAGUAGAUAAUGUUCGCUCAUUAGUCCGUUUGGGCGUAUCCUAUGCUGUGGUGUUCCACUUUGUCUUCGAAUCUGUUUCCUCGCUGAUACACUUUCUGAAUACUGAACGUAACGCACCUGUCGUAGAUAUUGAAUGUAGUUCUAGUUGUGAGGUACCACUACAGUAUAAUACAAAGUAAUUUUUAUCGUUAUUAAUUAUUGUCAGUAGUUUCCGUAUAUUGUAACAUCUGUCAACAAAAUGGUCUGUAAUUUGAAUGUGAAUUGUCAAAUAAAAUAUUAAGAAACUA